GCGGUCACACUGAUCUCCAGCUGUACAGCGUUUGCAUAGUUUAUUUUGUUUUUGUAAACUAUGCAAACCGAGAAAUUACAAGCAUACAAUACAACAGCUGUCAAUGGUAGGAGGCAGUAGCAGCUACACAAAACAAAAGAAAUCAGAAACUUGAGUCCACCAACGGAGGGAGUGACAUCUAUAUGAAAUCUGGUACCACCACAUCACAACGUGUAAAUUCCUCAAUUCGAUUUCGCGAAAAAAUUAUUAUUUUGCCAGCCUGGCGGUUAGUCCACGACGACAGCAAUGAAUCUGAAAAGGGCUCAACCAAUACGACAACAGCCGCUACACAGGGCUUCCAUACCCACCGCCACCGAUUAAAAAGCAAAGCGAAACGCGUGACGAUCGUCAGUUUAAUGCCAAUGCCACAGUAGACAAGGAGUGCAGUGAACGCCCACCCACCAAACCCCCCAAAGAUGCGAUCGCGGAAAGUGCUGCUUAUAGUUGGUUUUCUAAUUACGUGGACCUACGCCACCUACUACCUACUGCUUCGCAAUACCGGAAUCAAUUUGAGCAGGACUCAAGCGCAUCAGAUGUACCGUCUGAACGUCGAGGCGAGAGAUGCGAAUCAGAAAAGUCACGAAAUGGCCAAGUAUCUCUUCCAGUUGGUCAAAUCCAAGUAUGACCAAGCACAGACUGUAUCGACGCCCCAGAUAAGCAUAGUGGCGGCAGAGAUCUCCGGGGAGUUGCAGGAUCAACGAGUGGCAAAGCAAACCCCGGCGCCGAUUCCAACGAGAACAUAUAUGGGCGAUGGACUGCCUGUCUUUCCCGUUCUGGUAUUUGCCUGCAAUCGGGUGUCCGUAAAGAAGUGCAUCGAUAAUCUGAUUCAAUAUCGUCCCAGCAUGGAACAAUUUCCCAUUAUUGUGUCACAGGAUUGUGGCGAUGAGGAUACCAAGGAGGUUAUCCUUUCCUUCGGCAAUCAAGUAACCCUCAUUGAGCAGCCGGACCAGAGCGACAUCAAAGUUCUCCCCAAGGAGAAAAAGUUCAAGGGCUACUACAAGAUAGCCCGACACUAUGGCUGGGCUCUGAAUACAACAUUUAAAGUUGGUUUCGAUUUCGCCAUCAUUGUGGAGGAUGACUUGAACGUGGCGCCAGAUUUCUUUGAAUAUUUUCUGGGCACACACCAACUGCUCAAACAGGACCCUAGUCUGUGGUGCGUCUCCGCUUGGAAUGAUAAUGGCAAGGCUGCUGUUGUGGACGUUUCGAAGACAGAGUUACUAUAUCGCACCGAUUUCUUCCCCGGUCUCGGCUGGAUGCUCACCAAAGAGCUGUGGAGCGAGCUCUCAGUUAAAUGGCCCAAAUCCUUCUGGGAUGAUUGGAUACGCCAUCCGGCCCAGCGAAAAAACCGCGUAUGCAUCAGACCGGAGAUAUCUAGAACUCGUACUUUCGGAAAAAUAGGCGUAUCAAAUGGGUUGUUCUUUGAUAAGUACCUAAAACACAUUAAGCUCAGCGAGGACUUUGUGCAGUUCACAAAAAUCAAUAUGAGCCACUUGCUAAAGGAUAAUUAUGAUAAGUCCUUUGUGCAGAGUGUCUAUACGUAUCCCAUUGUCACGUACGACGAACUGCGUCGCAACUUGAUAGCCGCCGAGGGACCAGUCCGCAUCCAAUACACCACACGGGAGCAAUAUAAGCGGAUAACUAAGAUGCUGGGGCUCAUGGAUGACUUUAAGAGCGGGGUGCCACGCACUGCCUAUCACGGCAUCGUCUCCUUUUACUACAACAAGCGACGCGUGCAUCUGGCACCCAAUGCCAACUGGAAGGGCUAUGAUCUCUCGUGGAGCUAACGACGCUAAGAACCAACCAACACCAACCGAACCAUCACCUACACACACACACACACACACACACACAGCUACGUGUGC